AUGGCGGAAUUUUAGAACUUCAAAUUAGUUUGACCUUGUUUACAAAUAUUACGUUUACAAUGAGCUGAAAUCACUUUCAAAGCAAGAUGGAUUCAUCAGAAGCGUAUGAUCCAACGCUUCCAAUAAACAUAGAGAACAGUUUGAAUACAGACUUCCUGAAUGAUCUGACUCAGUCCCACUUGGAGUUUCCUGAUGGCUCCGUACCAAUGGUGGCCAAGUCUAAUAGCGGCCGGCUAUCCCCCAUUAGGUCGCGCACCAUGAAGGAAUAUGAAACGCAAAUUGGCGAGCUGAAGAAAGAGAAUUUCAGUCUGAAGCUGCGUAUAUAUUAUCUGGACGAGAGGAUGCAGCAGAAGUUUGGAGAUGACGACGUCUUCAAGACGAACAUUGAGCUGAAAGUUGAACUGGAUUCUGUGAAGAAGGAGUUGUCAGACAAACAGGAAAUCCUCAAGAAAGCUUCAGUGGCCAUGCAGAACCUAACCCAUACUCACCAGGAGGAGAUGGCGCAGCUACGACAACAACACCAGGCUGCCCUGAGGAGCAUACAGGCCCCGCUGGAGAGACAGCUUCAGGCCUCACAACAGGAGCUGUACUUGAGUAAGAAGGAGCUGGAGACGGCUGAAGCUCGCAUUAAGUCCAUGGAGGGGGAACUGUGUAUGUAUGAACGACAGAGGCAAGAUGCUGACAGUGGCAAAGAUAUACAGGAAAAGCAGGCAGCAGAGACCCAAAAGCUGGUAGACCAGAUGAAGGUGACCUUGAAGGCUAAGACGGCAAGGAUUGGGCAGUUACAGGCAGAGGUCACAUCAUUUGAGGAAACCACAGCGAAGUUGAAGGAUACCAUGAAAGACCUGGAAGCUCAGCUACAAAGGAAACAACAGGAGCUUGAGGAUGAAUUAGCAGAAAAGAAUGAAAAGAGCAAAGAUCUGGAAAAAGAGUUGGGCAAAACAAAAGCUGACCUGGAAACUGCACAGGAGCAACUUGGGAAUUUGGAAGACUCCUUGAGAAAGAAGGAUAAGAGCAUCAAGGACCUGGAGAACGAGCUGAAGCGUAAGGAGGAGGAGCUAGAGACUCAGACUGUGAUGGGAACAAAGCUGAAGAAAACUGUGCAGGCUAUCACCAUGGAGCUGCGUAAGAAAGUCAAAGAGGCGUCUGACUUGUGCAGUCAGUUGGAAAAGAAAGAAGAUGAAUUGAAGCAGGCCAGGGAAGAGUUACAUGCCCUGAAUCUGGAAAGGCUUGAGGGUAUAGAAAAGCAGCAUGUAGGCCUUGGUAAUGAACUGACCUUAGAGAAGCUGAAGGCUGAGCUGAAAGAAAUCAAACAUGAAAAUGAGCGCCUGAGGCGAAGUCUGACCCAGAGGGAAGGAGAGACUAGCAGUUUUAAGGACUUGCUGACCAAGGCUGAGCAGGGACUGAAACACAGUGAAGAGGCUGUCCAGGUGUUGCAGGAUCAGCUGGAGAAGGAGAGAGAGCGAUGUACUGACAAACUGGAGUCACAAACACAACACUAUCAGGCGUUGUUAGGGGACAGCCAGCGUCAGCUGGAGAACAAAGAGAGAAUGCUGCAGCAGAUGACGGAGAGUCUGAAGGACAAGGAUAGACAGCUCCAGGACUGUAUGACGCUGAUCAAACCUGCCACUACUGAGGAGAGUAAGGACAACUUGCUGAAGAAGUUCCAGGAGAAAUUAAAAGAGAGGGACAAGGCCAUUGAGGAGGCUAUUGAGGACAAGUUUAAAUGCCUGGAGGAGAAAGAUAAGGAAAUUAGGGACAUGAAGAUAACACUGCGUGAGAGAGAUAGAGACAUAGAACGAGCCAAUCAGAUGCUGCUCAAUGCAGAGGAGAGCAUUGACUCCUUGGAAAACGAGAUUCGUGAGAAAGACAAAAGUAUUAAGCAGUUGUCUAAUCAGCUGAGAUCAGCACAGAAGGGGGGAGAGGAUACACAAGAUAACUACACACGCUCUCUGGAGGAGAAGGAUGCUAUCAUCAAACGUCUUCAGAACGCCAUAUCUGCUAAAGACAAGGCCUUGGAGGAAGCUGCCAAGAUGUCUCCUGACAUUGACAAUGUGAAGCUACAUCAGCUACAACAGAGAGUGGCUGAGAAAGACAAACUGAUGGCUGAGUUAAUGGAGGAGCGGAAUCAGGCGGCUCAGAGCUAUGAAGCAUCCAUGAAAGAAUCUCAUCGAAAGCUGAAGGACAAGGAAAAUGAAAUAAAGCAAAUGUCUGAAGCUCACAAUGAAGAGGUAUCCACCCUGGCGAAAGAUCUCCACAGGUUACAAAGUGACCUGAACAAGAAAGACUUUGAACUACAGACGCUGGAGAACCGCGCCACCUGGGCAGAAGACCAGCAGCAGGAUAUGCUGGACAAGAUGAGACACGCCCUGCUGGAGAAGGACAAAACUAUCGAGGCACUCGUGGAGAGUGGGAAGGAGAAGGACAAGCUGUUUCGUCAGAUGCAGGGCUCCCAGUCUCUUGACCAAUCACAGACGGCCGCAAGGCUGGCAGAACUGCAAAACCUGAAGGAGGAGCUGGCUCUCCUACAGAAUGACCUACACAACAAAGACGAUCUUAUUGAGCGUCUGAAAAAAAUGAACAAUGAACAGAAAUCUAAUCCCUGUGAGCACACAUCAACGCGGGAAAUACAUAAGCACAUAGAGAGGGUGGUUGAAGAGCAGAAUAAUGAAACACGAAGGCUUAAUGAAGCCCUUCAGAAUGAGCGUCAAAUCUACAUCAACCUGAACACUUCUGAUCCCCACAGAAGCUGUGACCUGGAUGCUGAGCUAGCCGCAGUAAAGAGCCUGAGGACAGAGCUGGAGGCAGGGGUGGAGAGGAACAACCAGCUGAGGUCCACACUUGAGGGACAACUCAAAGAUGCCCAGUCCCACACAGUCACAGCUUUGAAACUUAUUGCUCUGUUUUCUUGUGCUGUUGUUGUUGCAGCUGACAGCCGUGAUGAUGCGAUCAACCUGAAGGAGCAGAUUGAAUUGCUGAGGACAGAGCUGGAGGAGAGUAAGCGACUGAAUGCCUCUCUCCAGUCCUGCCUACAGGAGAACCAGAAGCUCAGAGCUAAUGGAGUUGGUAGGGAUGUGACACCGGACAUCUCCGUCAACUCGUACUCUUUCGCAGAGCCAUCCAGUCUGCACCUGGAUGAGAGCCUCUUGGACGUGCUGUCAUCGGAUGACCUGAAGAAAACGGUCAAGAACCUCCAUGAGCAGCUGUCAGAAGGCCAGAGGCUUAAUAUCAGUCUGAAAACACAACUGGCAGCCACAGAAACUUUCAGAGACGUGCCCGGGGAAAACAACACAGACUCUAGUUACAAAUUGGAUGAUAGUAUCGUAAAGUUGAAGAGAGAACUCUGUGAGUGCAAGGAGACACUGAACAGGACAGAGGCUGAGAAUCGGGGAUUCCGCUUCAAGUUUGGACUCGUCCCAGACGAGCAGAUAAUCCUGGACGAUCUGCCGAAUGUGGACGAACUGCAAGCAGAGCUACUGGUGAUGAAAACAACGCUAGAGUCUAUCGAGAACGUCAAUAACAAACUGAAGCAGCAACUCCAGGUGACCGGGAAAGGAGAGAAUGUCCAAUCUGGUCUCAAUCCAGACCUUGUGGAGCAGAUGGUGAAAGAGAUAGAGGAACUGAAGGCUGAGCUGACUUGUGCUAAACAGGAACUGGAGCACAAGGGUAAAAAUAUCUGCUCUGAUUCGGUCCUGUCUUCGGUGAAGCAUGUGGAGGGUCAGACAUGUUUAAAGGUGAAACCGUGCAAGAGCCAGAUUCCUCGUCUACAGGUGUUGAACAUACCUCGUACGACUGGGAAAGGUAGCAGCAAUACAAACACCAACACAAACUCAAGCCAGCCCGCAAAAUCUGCCGUGUACAAGAGACCUGUGACUGUUAUAGUGCCUGACAUUGACUCUGUGGACUUGAGCGAGCCAGACAGGAUGCAUACCUUAAUAAGGCAGUACAGGCAGGACCUUGUGGGGCUUCAGAACAAGCUGACAUCCACGGAGGCCACGGUUCGCACCCAGGGACGGCGUUGUCGGUAUUACAAGGCUCUUCUGGACAAUGCUGGGCUGUUGCCCACGGCGCCAUACAGAAGUCAGAGUGAGUCGUGCCUGUUUGAUUGUAAUGCUACAGUCGAGGAGGCAGUGACUGUUUCUGGCGGUGCAGAGCAAGCGAUUGAUGCAAGAUCUGAAAGUCUGCAUUCUGGAAUUGGACAGCUACAUGUAGGUGAAACAGUGAAGUCUCUACAAAGGCUUCUUGAGGAGAAGGAAGCUGUUAUUAAGUCUCUAAAGGGGAAAGUGGAGUCUAUAAGUUCUAGCACUAGUCCACUGGGGACUCCUGCCAAUAGAUCCUCUCCAGUUCCCAUGGACAUGGACAAUCAAACUCUUCAGCGGCAGGUUAAUUCUCUGCAAAAACAACUGGCAGAUGCGCAAAAAGUGAACAAGACACUGUUAAAAACACUGCAGCAUUGCCAGCAGGCAACGUCUUCCGGCAUUUCCAAUGUGUGCGCUUCCAGCCAGACUUCCCCGGUUGCCUCCCCUGGUUCCAGGGCACCAGUACACAUAGAUGGCAGUGCUUUGUUGGAAAAGGACAGGGUAAUCUGCAACUUGAGGAAGCAGCUGGCAGAGAGUCAGAACAUCUGCACUCAGCUGAGCAGUCAGUUGGAGGACCUAGGACAGCUUGUGUUAGAGUACAUACAGAAAGAUGAAAGCAAUGCAGGGGGAGAAGCAGUGGCCAAUUCCUGCCCGAGGGAAGGGGAUUACCUGUUACAGACGCUGAACACCACCCAGGAUCUGGUGAAAGAUUUGUCCACCCUGCUGGACGUCCCGGACAAGACAGCAGACGGUGGAGUUAACUCCCUUCAGGAGAUGUUUGGUCUUCAGAACAAAUACGAGAAGGCUCUUCAUGAAAUCCAAACCUUGAAGAGAGAAUUGGUGAAGACAAGGCAGGAGGAGCAGAGGAAGCUGCUGGCAGACAGGGAGCAGCAGGAGGCGGUGACCCAGGGGCUGAGGGAGGAGCUUAGGAGUCAAGAGUGUGUGGUCGAGGCCCAGAACCAGGAGAUUGACAGACUUCAGAAUUACACAGAGCAGAAGAACCUGGAGGUGAGCAAGCUUCAGAACCAGGUGCGAAGUUUACAGGAGCUGACUUCUAACCUCCAAGCCAUGAACAUCUCCACACGCUCUGCUGCUGUGGGGGAGAGCUGUGAAGCCGACAACGCCAGUCUCUUCUACCCCUCCUACAACAACAACAGAGAGACGGAGACAGAGUCCGUGUAUUCAGACGAAUCCUGGGAUGCUUUGGAACGCGAAGGCUACAGACCCGUUGGAAGCACCAGUAAUGCGAAGUCACGUGGGAAAUUCCCUGCUUACCCAGAUACAGAUUCGAUGGACUCUGAUGAUGUGGAUGCCAGGUCAGCUAGACCAAGGCCCAUGAGGAACAGAUCAGGAAUACAGAAACUCAACUCUCAGGCCGAGUUGUCGAUAGAGCGUGCACGGCACAGGACAGCGAGCGGGCUCGGACAGCGCAGUGCAACACGCGGCUCCACAGAAGGGUUCGCCUUAGGAGAGGAGAGCACAUCUUCUAGUGUGCCGUCUGAUGUGCAAGGGAAACCAUCAACAAACAAUGGUUUUAUGUCCUUAAGCAGCAGUGAGAAGACAGAGGAUGGACUGUGGGCGAGCCAGAACAGUCGCGAGUUGUUUGUGCAGAAUGGGGAUUCGGUGACGAGCUCUCAGAGAUCCCGCGGCAAGCGUGCCGAGCUUGUAAACUUCGGCUUGUUGAAGGAAACAGACCACACCUACCCAGCUGUCCCCAUCCCUGACAUUGAUCGGUAUAGCCUUUCGGGGCUUGACAGUGACAGUCAUAGCACCAGAGACAGUAAGAGCCAUUCCAUUCUCCGCUCAGCUGCAGCAGAGCUUGAUGACUCAGUCAUCCCUGUAAAGGAGUGCGCCAAUCAGAUAGAUCUGUUGACCUCCAAGCUGAAAUCUGCUGAAGUCGUCAACCAGACCUUAAAGGACGAACUGAAGAUUUAUCAGAACAUCCGAACGUCGAUUGGCAUAGGACCGGGGCUCUUAACCCCCACUCGUGUUUCUCUUGGCAUGGGCACGCAAACAAGCAUGAUAGCUGAGGACUCAGACACAGCCCUUCUCCAGGAGCAUUUAGCGGAAAUCCGUGCUAUGAGGAUCCGCCUAGAGGCGUCGCUCAAUCAGAACGACCACCUGCGUACUCAGCUGGAGAGACGCCUGCAGGAUGAAGGGUCCUCUCACUCAGGACCUUCCCCUGUGGCUGUACACAUGACAGGACAUUCAGCUGACAAAAUGAACAUUUCCCAACAGCUGCUUCAUGAGAAGGUGAUCUUCAUACAGUCACAGCUGGUGGAGCGAGAACGUAUCCUGAAGGAAAAACUCACUAUCAUCCAAACCCACGAAAGUGUGAUCCGAGAAAAGAACCACAAAAUCGAACAACAGAGACAAGCUCUGAAGCAGCAGGAGAAACAGCUGACAGAAAAAGACAAUAUGUGCAAGAAACUGCAGCAUCAGCACAACAAGCUCAGUGUGGAGCUGAAGUCUGCAAAUAAGGAAGUUCACAAGCUGAAGCAGGAGAAGAACCAGCUUAACCAGCAGCUGCAGGAGAAUGAGGACCUGAACAAAACGCUGAGAUUUGAGCUGGAGAUGUACGAGUCCAUGCAUGCUGAGCGCUCAGAAGAUUCUGGUUCUCGGAAGAAAGGCUUCGACAUCCGGGAGCUUAUGACAGAAGUACGCAGGCUGAGGGUGCAGCUUGAGAGGUGUAUUGACACGAACAACUCGCUGCGGCAGAAGCUUGAAGAGCGUCUGCGUCAGGACAGCCCUCGGUCUCACCAUGGAGGUGGUAUCAACAUGGUUCAUCAGGGGCACAGUACAGAUGGCUCCAGGCAUGGUAGCAAAGAAGCUUCAGACGGAAUGCCCAGUCCUGACGCCCACACUCGUUACCUGAAUUCCCAUAGUUGUACCACAGAGAGGUACGUGGGUGAGCAGGAGACCCUCAGCAAGUCCCAGGGAUCUCAGCACAGUUCUCAAGGGUCCCAGUACAGUUCUCAGAAUGGUUCACAGGGGUCUCAGAACGGUUCUUACGGGAACUGCUCAGGUGUCCCUGCACCCCGCCUAAACUUGCCUUAUGGCAGCAGUGUGGAGUUGAACCGCAGCGGGCACAGUUCUGAUGGUAGCGGCCACCUGGUGUCAGGGUUUGACACUCUUGGCAGUCAGCACUCCCAGUCCUCAGAGGAGAGAGAUGCCUUGAUAGGUACCCUCCAUUCUCCACAUGGCCUAUCUAGAACCUGGCCUAACUCAGGGCGCGGCUAUGACUUGGGGAUGUCGCUGCUGUCUGCGACGUCGUUACCUGGCGGACCUUUGUCAGCCAGCAUGCAUCAGCGAUCGCUGUCCGUGCGACACGCCUCCGAGGGCAACAUGACCUAUCAUGUUUAUGAUCCUCCCAGUAGUUUUGUAGACGUGUUCCCAGUUGGUGUGGACCCCGACAUCCGCCACUUAUUUGCCGUUGGGAAGGUGGACGACUAUGAACACCUGAAGAAAGAGAAUAAUGAGUGUCGGAGGGUACUGAGUGGGAUUCAGGCCAGGAUAGCGGAGCGACUCUCCAGGUUCAAGUCUAUGUCUCCCAGCCAGAGCAUUGAGUACAGCACUUUGAAGGAACUCUCCUUGUCUGUGGAGAAUUUGCGGAUGUGCCUGAGUGAGGAGAAUCGCCUGAUCACCUCGUUCUGGGUGACUCAACUGCCAGCCUGUGAUGAUAAAGGGGAGUUCUACAGCUCCAAGGUCUUGGAGAAGAAUGACCACCUUCAGAGUGAGUUGUACAUGUUGAGGCUGAAGUACAACCUGCUAGCGAGCGCAGCCAAAGACGCCCAGACGCGACUGCAUGCCACUAACAGACAGAAGGAGGACAUUGAGGAAGCUGUCAUCCAGCAAUUGAGCCGAACAGAAAAAGUUCUGAGACAUGCACGGGGUAACCUGGAAACAAAAGCCAAAGCGGCCAAUCGAAGCAAGACGAACGGAAAACAAUCAUCGUCUAGUGCUAAUAGUUUUAGUUAAUGCUUAUACGACAGCCAUCUUCUUUAUCUUCACCACUCUUACUGCAUUUCAACAUGUUUUGCUGAAAACAAGAUAAAAAAUGUAUUUAUGAUUGCAUUUUGAACUUCUCUUGUCCGUUAUUGAGGAUAUUUUCUUCAAUAUUUUCUUGGUUUUUGUUUCAUUUAAGUUUUUUGAGACAAGCUGUGUCUCCGUUACUCUUUUGGUUAAGUAUUGGUUUUUCGUUUUUUCUUUAGUCGUAUAGUACCAGCCUGUAUUAUGCCCAUUUUGGAGUUGAUCUCAGUUUGUAUUUCAUCUAAUUCGUUUACGUUUUUGCGUCACAUUUGUCUCGAUAAGUAGCUGACCUUGUUUUUGCUCAUCCUUGUUUAUAUUUAAGUUUUUAUAUGAAAUAUUUGUGAAAAAAAAAAAAAAAAAGGACAAGUACAUUUUUCUUGUAAGAAGAAGUCUCAGAAAAUGGAUUUACUUGGAAAUAUGAAAGUGAAUCCCGUGUAACUCUUUGUUAUGUAGUUCUACAGAACUGAAAUACAUGGAUCUACACAGCAACUUGUGUCUGAAUGCUUUAACCUCAGAAUGGACGGCUUUUCCCUAAAAUGUAGCUGAUUUAUAAACAAAUUGAGAAAAAACACAGAAGAUGUUAGAGGUUUAUUGAUUUGCCGUGGCAAACGGAAUGAAUGGUUAUCAUCACACAGUGAUCACAAUUUGUAACCUAACAUAGCUGACACCCGGGCCAUUGCUUUGUUUCAGUGUUUUGUGUCUAUUUCUCACCGUGCACAUUCCAUAUGCAAGAGAAACAAUGAGUAGUGGUGGUUUGAGCUCUAUUUUUUUGUUUACAUGUACUAAUUCAAAAGCACUAUGACAUAAUACUAGUAAUACAAAUGUUGAGAUUGUAUGCUUUGUGUAUCAUUUUGUUUUGUGUAAUCAUCCACAAGUUGUAUUUAUUCUGUACGUAUAAUUUAAUCACAUAAUACAUUGCUUUCUUGUUGAUUUCUUGCACCACUAACGUUCACGAUAUGUUACUUUAUCCCUGUAUAAACUCUGUCCAGUUUAUUCUCUCUUGGUAUAUUACUACUUGUUUAUGUAUGUAAUGUAGCUUAAUUAUUUACUUGUGGUAUAAGUUAUGAAUGUAUGUUAAUUGAACUAGGUUGUGUUUUGUUGUGUCGUUUGCGUUAACAAAUUGGGACCUGCUUACAUGAAGCCCUCUUAGUGUGAGGUGGAUAUCACAACCAUGGCAACCAGCAGUGUCGGCAUCAUGUUGCCAUGGCAGCGGCUUGAUCAAAACAUGAGGUCUUUGUGUAAGCUGGCCCUUUCAUCAGCCCUUUGAGUGUAGGUGUAAAGAUUGAUAUAUUUUUAGCUCAGAAAUUAGGAAAUUGAAAGGCAUUCAUUUUUUAUUAUGCCGUCAUUCUACUGAAAUUUUAAGGAGUCAAAUAGAUGGAUAAAUUUUAUUGAUUCUUUCAAUCAGUAAAUCAAUACCUUAACUCUUGCAGAUCUUUUAGAGUGAAAGGUUUGCUGAAGUUAUAAUUCUCAGUGAUCUGGAAUUGCCAUCAUCUGGGUGGAUAUAAGGACCCGUGGAGUCUAUGUAAAAUUUAAAGUCACAUCUUUGCUAGAUGUACGUAAAAUUUUGGAAGGAAAGUGUGAGCUGGACAGAGAAUAUGAGAACGACCAUGCAUAACUUAAUGGUACAUUUGACUUGCAAUUAAAGAAUUAGUGUGUUUUUCUUUUCUUGAUAAAAAAUACAUGUUUUUACACAUUGUGUUGAUGGAUACCUGCCAGUAUUCAAAUCAGACGCAUUUACCUGCAAAGUUUUACAUGUUAUUGUAGUCUUAUUUCUUAGAAAAUACUUACAGAUGUGACGCAGUGCCAAAAAAUAUGCUGCUUCCUCCCACCAUAAUGCUGGCGGCCAUUGUGUAAGUGAAGUAUUUAUGAGCAUGGCGUAAAACGCGAUCAAAUAAAUAAAUAAAUCAGUGGGUUUUCAAGCAUUGCUGUGAAUGUACGCAAUAUUGCCGGUGGCUUCCAGAUGAUGUGUUCACACAGUUUAGACAGUAUUACAACUUCUGGUGCUGUCCUGGACCAAGUCUUCCCAAGA